AUGGUUAUUACCCGACAAAAAACACCAAAUUUGUGAAUCUAUCGCUAACUAACAUUGCGUCGUCUUAUGUUUCCUAACGUACGUUGGACGAAAGAAAAGGUGCCGUUGUAGUGAAUCUCUCGACGUGAAUUGUUACUCUUUGUUGAAUGUGUGCUGUGGAUGACAACCGUCCAGCCCGUCGCAACAACAGCAGCAGCGGCGGCGGCGGCAGCGAUAGUGUAUUUAUCAUCGCAGGCCAGGCGAAGGGGAGUGAAGUGAACCGGAGGAAGGAGAGAGAAAGGAUUUACGGACACGGACCAAGCAUGGCUACCCAAACGACAGCAUCAUGCACUGGAUCCACUCUGUUGCAGCCUAUCAGCGAAAUCAUCAAUCUCCCUCUUGACCAGGUUAACUUUGUGGCAUGUCAGCUGUUCGCCCUGCUGAUGGCUGUGUGGUUUCGGAUCUACCUCCACCCCAGUAAAACCAGUCCUUUCAUCAGACAUGUGGUGGCCACUCUGCUGGGCUUCUACUUGGCUCUCUUCUGCUUCGGCUGGUAUUCCCUCCAUUUCCUGGUGCAGAGCGGUCUGUCCUACAGUGUUAUGGUGUUCGCUGGCUUGGAGAACAUGCACAAGUACUGCUUCAUUGUGACUCUCGGCUAUCUGAUUUUAUGUCAGAUCACGCGAGUCUACGUGUUUGACUACGGCAUGUACUCAGCAGAUUUUACAGGGCCCAUGAUGGUUCUAACACAGAAGAUUACCAGUUUGGCGUUUGAAAUCCACGAUGGUUUGGCCAAACGAGAUGUGCAGCUGACUCCCACUCAGAAAUACCUUGCUAUCAGGCGGAUGCCCAGUUUGCUGGAGUACCUGAGUUAUAACUGUAACUUCAUGGGCAUCCUAGCAGGCCCCACCUGCUCUUACAACGACUACAAGGCCUUCAUCGAAGGUACGGGCUAUGAGCCACGCCAUCAGGAGAAUGCUAACGGAAAGGAGAACGGAAAGUACAAGCAGAGUGAACCCUCACCCAAGAAUGACGUCAUCUCCAAGCUGUGCACAUGUGCCAUCUCCCUGGCCAUCUAUCUGUCGCUGUGCAAGCUGCUUCCUGUGGAGCACGCCAUAGAUGACGAAUUUGUCAGCUUCACACCAUUCUACCUUCAGGUCAUCUACCUUUACCUGGCCAUGCUGGCUCUGAGGCCCAAGUACUACUUUGUGUGGACUCUUGCUGAUGCUAUCAACAAUGCCGCUGGGUUCGGCUUUAAUGGCUACAACAAAGAUGGCUCCCCACGGUGGGACUUGAUAUCAAAUCUUAGAAUUCUGGACAUUGAGUUGGCCACCAGUUUCAAGAGUUUCCUUGACAACUGGAACAUCCAGACAGCACUUUGGCUAAAAAGGGUGUGCUAUGAGCGCUGUGCCAUCAACCCCACAGCUGCCACUUUCCUGCUGUCAGCCAUGUGGCAUGGAGUUUACCCAGGCUACUACCUGACCUUUCUCACUGGCAUCGCCAUGACCAUGGCUGCACGAGCAAUAAGACACAACAUCAGACCGUACUUCCUGGUGUGUGACUCAUACAAGAGGAUCUAUGAUGUCAUCACGUGGGCAUGGACUCAGAUUGCCAUCAGCUACACAGUGGUGCCAUUUGUUCUACUCGCUGUAGGGCCAUCACUGAAGUUCUACAGGUGCUGGUACUUCUGCUUACAUCUUCUCUGCCUCCUGGUGGUUCUGGUCCUGCCUGUAAAAUCCAGACGCCGGCAGCCCAAAGAGCAGCAAGACGGCCUGCAGCAAGACGGCCUUCAGCAAGACGGCCUGCAGCAGGACGGCGUACGGGACAGCCAGACAGAGCACAACAGCACAGACAACAACUGCAACCAGAAAGACAAAACCACAUGAGGGCUCCAGACCACAGCAGCAGCAGAAACACUGAGACCAACUAGAAACCACUGAGAGCUGGAGUGUGGCGAGUCUGUUUACCCGACAAAUGAACCAAAUAUCGGAUGCUCUGAAAGUCCUCACAGACAGAAAAACACAACUCACUGUUCUGUCAAAAAAAAAAGAAAAAAAAAAGAAAACUUUUCGUAGCAAGGACGACAGCAAUCUCACUUCUGAUCCUGAGAGCAGGAUGUAAACUAAUGAGUGAUAGUGGUUAUUUACAUUACGUUAGUGGAAAUGAAGACUUCCAAGCUGCCUUAAACCCUCUAUGUACUUGUGUGGUGAAGUAAGAGUUGGAUGGCACGCUGCAAGAACCCAAAUGCAGCCUCACCAUAGUGAUGUCAGGUUGUAGAAAGAGAUUAGUGCAGUAUGUGGAGGGUUUUUGUCAUUGUCUGGAUACAAGCCUCUGUUAGGUGGGAACAGGAAACGUGUUCAUGUAAAAGAAACAUAACCUUUAUCAUCAGCUGCCAAUUUCAAAAAGGCCUUAGGAUCCUCCGAACAUUGUUUGAUUUAUAUGUCUUUUUUAAAAAAUCUUUAUUGAAGAGAAAUUCACAUUGUACCUGUUUUUGUAUGUAGGCGUUUGUGACAACACUAUUUGAAAUCUCAAUGCUUUUAUUUUGUUUCUUCUGGGAUGAGUUGCCUGAAAGAGAGUCCAAAAGUGGAAUUCAGAUGGUGUCCGUCUCCAGCAGUGGGAAGUCUAAAAAGAGGAGCUCGAGUGUUACUAAAAGGAGUUGAUGUCUUUCAUAUCUGCUGCUUAUUUUUCUCACAAACAUGACUCAUCAGAUAAGUGUGUGUUUCAAAGGGAGUUUAUUUAACUUGUUGUGAUUUUGAUGUUUUCUGCUUGACGAUUUCUAAAGUUGGGAUCAGGGGUGUGAUUUUUUUUUUUCUUCAUAUGUUUGAAUUUUUCACACAGUUGUCUUGCCUCUGAAGUAUCUAAAACUAUUUAAUUAGUGCUAGUUGGUAACAAAAAUGAAAUCUUAAGUCCCACAAAUGUCACAGAAAUCUAAUCAGAUAACCGCAUUCACAAAGAAUUUGCUGAAAGGUGUUGUAGCCAUGAAAUUUCUAAACCAAUUGAAUGUAAAAUGCACUGUGCAUUAAAGCACAUUUUGUGUCCAGGCCGCAAAUUAUGUAAGUGUGAUAUUUGUCCUUGGGAAAUUUAAAGUCAUUUUAUGUAUGUGACAUCUUAUUAUUGUGCAGAAUUCAAAGACAUAGAUAUUCAUAUUGUGUGCUCUUAUGUUAGAAUAGAGAAUGUUUCUGGGUGCAUUUACUGUUGGGUGGAAGAGACACUGGUUCCUCAUGCUGUGUUGGUCCAUGGCCCACCUUCAAAUCCUCCAGUUUACACUCUACUAUAGGUCAAAGGGUCCCACAUGGAGAUCGAUACUGUUUCAUUAAACAUUUCUAACAAUCUUUGUGUAAAAUAUGGCAAAUGCGGCAACCCAAAAGGCACCACAAUGUUGUUUAAAAAGUGAAAGACACUUUUUUGUGUGUUUACUAGAGCAGGAAAUAGUUCUUUAGCCCAAAUUAUUAUAAACACUUAAAAUAUGUGUUUUUUUUCUUCUCAAAAAGAAAAUUGUUAGUAAUUCCACGUUAAUUUGAUCCAUUUGUGUUGUGUAAAAUAACAAAGCAGCAGAGGUGAGCUCUCAAGUAUGGACCUCUCUCUUUUAUUUUGAAGACUUUCUAACAUCUGCAUAUUCCUGCCAUAACUGUGUGUGUGUACCAGUGUUCUGUGAUCCGUACAUGUCGAUGUGGUCUCAUGUUAACUUAUAUGUGUAGCCUGGGCCCUGUGUAGGCGAGUGUAGGCGGCCCACUUAAGGGAAAGGGGAUUUCAUUCUACAUAAACAAAGCGAUUCUUGCACUGCAUGGCCACCCAAACCAGCAGAUCAAUGCAAACUGCUCCAUAUGUCCAAAGUGCCAAAUCAAGAAUGGCGCAUCUUGUUUUUGUGUGUAUGUGAGCAUGCGUGCCUGCGCAGGUGUUUGUGUGUAUGCAUGUGUCCAUGUAGUGUGUGUGUGCGCGCCUGUUUAACAUAAUGGUUAUUUUUGUGUCAGAAGGAACUUUAUUGAAAGAUUUGUAUAACAGUUCAUUAAAACUCUGAUUUAUGUGGCGAAUAAAGAGAAUUAUUU